AUGUCUAGGGAAAGGACCUACCAGAAUGAGCCUAUGGGCAUUCAACGAGGUGUCUAUGGGCGCAAUUGGUUUUGGAACAUUCUCUUCAGCAUUGGCCGCGCUCUCACUGGCCCCGUGCAAUACCUCCUCAUCGGCGCACACCCAUUAGGACGCUUUGGCAUCCCCCCGCCUCCAACAGGGGGGCUCAUCACGCUCCUCGGCCACACAAUGCCACGCUACCAAGUCCUUGCUGCCCUCAUGCCAGCUUUCCUCUCCGUCAAGCAGAUCAUCUGGAUCAACGUCCUCGCGCGCGAGAAACUCAGCAAGGAGUUCCUCUUGUUCGCGGUGCCAGCCGGCAUAGCCGUCGAGAUGGUCCACACUCUCGCAUUUACCGCAGCAUCCAAAAACCCCCUGUUCUCCUCCCGUGUGUUCAACAUCGGUCUUGCUCUCUUCAUGACAGGGAAUAUUAUGGAAGUUAUCGCUGAUGUUCAACUCGCGCUCCAUCGCUGGAAUCCUAAGAACCAGGGCAAGGUGUGCAAGGCCGGCUUGUGGCGAGUCACACGACAAAUCAACUAUACGGCCAAUAUCAUUUUCGGGUUCGGUUAUACGAUGGCACUUGGUGGACUGGUAUACGGAAUUGUGGCCACCACGGCAACGUAUAUUAUGAAUUUCUUGACAAACGCUGGUCCAUCGAAGGAGCACUAUUGCCGAGAAAAGUAUGGAAAACAGUGGGAACAGUAUAAGAAGGAGGUGCCAUAUGUAUUGAUCCCCUGGAUCUACUGA